AUGUCUUCCCAUAUCAAAGAACCUAUCUUACACUCUUCAUCAAGUAGACAUCAAGUCGCCUACUCACCUUCUGAUCCAUGGACCAAACCCCGAAUAGGUUAUUUUAACGGUACCAAACGAAUCAUCCACAACGCAUACGACCUUUACAACUUAUUCUCCACGCCACAAUUAUCGACUACAGCAUUUUACGCUCAUAAAGAUUCCAAUCCCAAUGCACUAUCAGAGGAGAAGUGGCAUAAAGAUCAUCCCCCAACACAGCGAUACAACGAUAAACCCCAUCCACUUGGGGAGUUGGUGAGUUUUGUGGUAAUUUUCGAAAAUGCCCAUCCAGCUUGGGAAGAAGAUAAAGAAAUUUGGGUACAUUCGAAAGUCGAUUUACUCCUCAAAGACCACAGAGGACAAAAGAAGAAUUUCGAUAGACCGAUUCCUGUUUUUAUAGCGGGAAGAUCUAAAUUUGGGAAGUUUGUCUUUGAGAAUUGGAUGACAAUGGAUAUAGUUGAGGUUGUCCCUCCCCAUUCGGAAGAAUUGAAAAGAAUGCUUCAAGCUAAACAAGAUUUCAAGAGCUACAAACCAACUGGUCGUACGAGCGAAGCAUGGAAAGAAUCCCUCUCUUUCCAAUGGAUCAAGAUGAAAUUUACUCCUUGUGGGGAAGAGUACAAAUCGCCAUACAAGAUGGGUAAAGGUGAAGCUGCUAGAUACGCGUUGAAGAUUGGUGGUUUGGAUGAAGAGUUAUAUUCAGAAAGAUCGAAAGAGAGGAAGAGAGGGAUUGAGUAUUGGAAUAUUGUACAGUACCGUACAUUCGGGAUCCAGGAUUUUUUUCAGUAG